AUGACUGAGAAAACUAAGGGAAGAUCGUUAUCACCUGGCUCUAUAGAGUCACCAGCGAAAAUGCGGAAAUCGUCUAGAGGACAGUCACCUCAGGUUGACAGUCAUGGUUUUAGGCGAAGCCAGGUGUCCGUUGACGCUGAAAAAAUGUCGGCAUAUGAAAGAAUGGGUGGAGAUGGUAACCGAUUGAACAUGGACGGAUUCCCCAAGAAUAAAACCAUAAAACAGGAGGACGAUGAUACUGACUACAUUAUUGAUGGAAGUCUAAGAAGGGUAGAACCUUAUUACUUCACUUAUAUGACUCAUUGCAAAGAGAGGUGGAGAAAUAAGAACAUUUUAGAUGUGUUCAGUUCUGAGUUUCGACUUUUCUCCAGAUCUUACUAUGAAGAUACUAUCAAGGAUGGCCGUGUCUCCAUUAACAAUGAAGUGGCCAACAUAGAUAGUAUUAUUAGAAACGGCGACUUGAUCACCCACCGUAUGCAUCGACAUGAACCUGCGGUAACUUCUGAUCCGAUAAAAAUUGUCCACGAGGAUGUGGACUACGUUGUUAUCGACAAACCCUCGGGAAUUCCCGUUCAUCCAACAGGUAGAUACAGACAUAACUGUGUGACGUUUGUUUUAGAGAAAGAAAUGGGCAUUAGAGCACAUCCUUGUAACCGCUUGGACAGAUUGACCAGUGGCCUUAUGCUUUUAGGUAAGAACGGUAAGGCGGCAGAUAAGAUUUCACAGAAGUUGAAGCAGAGACAGGUUACUAAACAGUAUGUGGCAAAAGUUGUAGGUGAGUUUCCAUCUGAUAAUAAAGGUAUUGUAGUUGAUGAGCCUAUUCUGACAGCUGAUCCACGACUAGCAUUCAAUAUAAUAGAUAAAGAGAAGGGUAAAGCUGCCAAGACUUUCUUCAAACGACUUUCAUUCAACGGAAAGACGAGUCUUGUGCUAUGCAAGCCACUUACAGGAAGAACCCAUCAAAUAAGGGUUCAUCUCCAAUAUCUGGGAUAUCCUAUAGUGAACGAUCCUAUCUAUUCGAGUCCGAGAAUUUGGGGGGACAACUUAGGUAGGGGAGGAGACUUUAAUUUGAAAGAGGUUCGAUCCAAGCUUGCUCAAGUUGGAAAGACAAUGGCUUCAUCCAGCUGGCUGUAUCCAGCAUCAGAUGGAGAAGUUUUGAGUGAAAAGAAAUGUGAGAUUUGUCACGGUGAACUUUAUACAGAUCCCGGUCCAAAUGAUUUAGACUUGUAUCUCCAUGCAUUCAAGUACUGCUCAAAGACUGGUGGUUAUCAGGUCGAGGAGAAAUUCAGAGUCAAAAAUCUUAGUUCUGAAGUAUCUCGGGAAUCUACGGUCUCUACGGGAUCUCCAGAAUCAACGGUCUCCACGGGAUCUACAGGAUCCAUAGGAUCCAUCGGUUUUACAGAACCUUGGAGCUAUCAAACAGAGCUUCCCGACUGGGCCUUAGAAGAACCACGUAAAUACAUGGCUUUGGCUUUGGAUGAGGCAAAGAAGUGUGAACCUACGACGACAGCAUUUUGCGUGGGUGCCGUUCUAGUUAACGGAGGUGAAGUUCUCUCCACUGGAUACUCAAGAGAACUUGAAGGAAAUACGCACGCAGAACAGAAUGCAUUAGACAAGUAUUUCCUCAAGACGGGUAAGCGAGACGUUCCACCGGGUACAGAACUAUAUACUACGAUGGAACCUUGCAGUAAGAGAUUAAGCGGAAAUUUGCCAUGCUUGAACCGGAUCUUAGAGUUGAAGGAUCAUAUUACUACAUGUUACGUUGGAGUUAUGGAGCCAUCAACGUUUGUUAUUAAGAAUGUGUCAUAUGAGGAUCUUACAAAAAACGGUAUUAGUUAUAUAAAGGUGAGUGGAUUCGAGGAAGAGGCACUGAAGGUGGCCAAGAGGGGUCAUUUAGAGUGA